AUGCCCGCCCUUGUGGAUGCUUACUUGGUGUGGAAGCAUAACGCGCCCAGCGAUGACGGCAAUACUGUGGCGCCUAACAUAUUCCAUGUCGACAUUGUCGGAAUUGCAGGGCAACAACUGGAUGAACCAACAUUAUCGCCGGCACGCCUCCAUGCCAUGGAUGGUAAUUUUUCGGCGAAGCGAUUGGAUGGUUCUGGAUCUGCAGAUCCAAGAAUAUUCCGGAGCCGAUAUUUCAUUUCCGAGGCACAAGUUGAUCAAUUCAAGGCUGAUGUUCAACGUCACUCUGGUGGACGCUCUGUGGCAGACUCGACAACAGGUGCCUGCACAGAAAACUGGACCGCAGCAAAGUCUUUCGAAGAGAACAAAAUCACUGUGUUCGAUCAGACUGGGAUUUUUCUUCUGGCAUGUCAUCAUGGGAUCAUCGAGGUCGUAAGUGAGAUGAAGCGCAGUGGUGAAGCUCCAUUGAUUGAUCGACUGCUAGAUGUCUGCGGUGCUGACCAAGCAAUUGGACAUGACAUCGCUUGCUCGUCCCGAAAAACAAUCGCAUCAAGCUCCAUUGGAGCCAAGGCGGCCGAACUCAAAUUACAGGUUGUCGUAAAUGCUUGUCAACUGCGAAAUCACCCCUUAUAUUUGAAUGGCCUAGGUCUCGAAGACCUUGAAACUUGCGAGCGUAUCUUUGCGAGUUCGAACAGCGCUGCAGUACUAAUCAGACAUGCAUCACCCUUCCAUUGGAUGCAAUAUCUCGACCUUCAUUUCGAUCAGUGGGACGUGGACAGGUAUACCGAGCUGACGCUUCAGAUUAUCAAGACCAACAUGCCCUUGCUUGACGAGUUUAAGCGUGUUCAGAAUAUCACUGACCUGGACUUCGUAAAUUGGCGAAAUGAGGAGUAUGAGUACCUCAGUCAAGUUGCCGUGGAACCUGCUUCGGAUGCCGUCGCGGUUGCUUAUGUGGAACAGCUGGAGAAACUUCGAUUUGCAGAAGAGAAUUAUGGCAAUGCCACAUCUAUACCCUUUCUGACGUACACUCCUGCCAAUUUCACCAAUACCUCCGGUCUCAAUUCCAAUGCGCGCAACACUUCCAAGGCCUUUGAAACUGACUACGCCUCUGCGCUACGCAAGUACUGA